UAAUAAUGGGAGAAAAAAUUAUGGGAAGGAAAUUUAAUUUAGAAAAUAUAUAUUGACCAAACAGUGGGUUUUAUAUGGACAGAAAAAUGAAGCAAUUUCAUUGGCUGAACCCUACAUAUUAAAUGUAAAGAUAAAUUAAAGAUGUUUGGAGGGUAUUAGCAAAGUGGCUCAUUGAUUGAGAAAAAACUUCAGAACUGAAUAAUUUGAGAUAGAGAGAGAGAGAGAUGGCCUGUGUUGCUUUGACUUCUCUGAUGACUACAAUGGAGUUGGAGUUUGUGCAACCCAAUAAUCGAAGGGUUUCUCUUGAUGAUGAAGCAUCCAUAUCAAUCCAUAAAUCUUUGCUUGAAAAGCUUUCAUCUUUGAAAGGUUUUGUGCAGGAGAAAUCCGUGGGCGCCGGGGGUGACGCUGCAAUCCGAGAAUUGGAGAUGGAGAUCAGAGACUUUGCACUGGAUGCCGAAGACCGCAUCGAAACACAACUAAGCAACUUCCUUCUGGCCAAGGACACACAGGACCUGUUCCAACAAAAAGCUUCCCAGCAACUCCACCAGAUCUUGAUAGAAGCAGCAGAAAACGCAGCAGACUUGCUGAGAAUCAGCAACAACAUAAGCACCGAAGAAGCUGCUGCUGAUGAUGAAACUCAACAACAACCACCACCGGUUCCAGAGCCCAGCAGCAAUGUUAUGGUGGGUCGUCGCAGUGAUCAUAUGCUGAUAAUGGACAAACUCAUAGGGGGCUUUGAUGAGCUACAAGUAAUCUCAAUUGUUGGGAUGGCCGGCAUAGGAAAGACAACUUUAGCUGCAAGUGCGUAUAGAGAUCCAUCAAUUGCAUCGCACUUUGAUGUACGGGGUUGGAUUACUAUGUCCAGGGAGUACAACAAGAACCAGCCUCUAUACAACAUUCUUUGGACACUAGGCCAGGCUACAGAUGGAAUUAAAAAGGAAAGCAUUAUUCCUGAUGAUCUAGCAGUUGAGAACAUAUACAACUUCUUGACAGGUAAGAGGUAUCUAAUUGUUUUGGAUAACUUUUGGAACAAUCAAGCUUGGUAUGAUAUCCAAGAAUACCUUCCUGAUGAUAGAAAUAGAAGUCGCGUAGUGCUAACCACUACGCACUUCAGUUGGGAAUAUGCUUACUCAAAUACCUAUAAACAUAAAAUGAGUUUGCUAAAUCCAGAAGAGAGUUGGGAGUUAUUUUGUAAUAAACUUUUUCUGGAACAACGGAUGUCACCUAAAUUUGAAAAAAUUAAGAGUCAAGUUGUGGACAAAUGCGAAGGAUUGCCUCACUCAAUUGUUGUAGUUAGUGAGCGUCUAUCUAGAUGCAGCAACAUACAGCAGGAAUGGAAGAAGGUUAAAAAGGAAUUAGAGUUGCUGGGAGUUCUAGAUAGUAGGGCACUCACCUUCACUUACAAUCAAUUGCCACAAAAUUUGAAACUUUGUUUUCUAUAUUUUGGAGUUUUUCCAAAACGUCAUGCAAUCAGUGUGAAACAACUUAUUAGGUUAUGGAUUGCUGAGGGAUUUUUAAACGCAUUGGAGCAUAAGGGGUUAGAAGACCAAGCAUAUGAGUAUUUAUGUGAGUUCACUAAUAGAAGUCUUAUUAUAAUUGACACUUGGAAUUCUGAGAGAAAGAUUAAGACUUGUAGGAUGCAUAGUGCUUUGCAUAGCUUUUGUGUAAGAGAAGCUCAAAAAGAAGGCAUAUUGUGUACAGUAAAUGCUCAAAAACAUCCACACGGAUCGUUUGACAUGUUUGCAAAUUCAUGCCGUUGGUUAAGCUUUUACAAACAUAGUUUUGACUAUUAUGUUUUGUUCAAAACAAACACCCCUCGCUCCAUAUUCUUCUUUCAGGAAGAUGUUGAAAUAUUUGUACCUUUCAAGUACUUAAGAGUUUUGGCUUUUGCUCCAUCUUCAUUCCUCCAAAGAGUGCCAACACACUUCCAGGAAUUACUUUUUUUGAGAUACAUAUCUGUAAAAGAAUGGUUUGAUGGUCUUGAUUAUAUAGUGUCAAUUAAUCGGAACUUGCAGACUCUAGUUGUUUCCAAUGGUAAUGGAUUCAAAGUUGGAUCAACUAUGUUCCAUUUGCCUUCUACAAUUUGGGAGUCACCACAGCUGCAACAUCUUGAACUUGACAAUUCGUAUGCUAUUGAUCCUCCAAGAGUGGAUAAAAAUAAUAUAUUGACACUAUCUUGGUUGUGUCCAACUCAUUGUACAAUGGAAGUGGAUUCCUGGUUUCCAAAGAUUAAAAAUUUUAAAAUGUUUGUACUUUGCAGCAAGCCAUUUAUUUUGGGUACUCUUCAGUAUUUGAAACAACUUGAGAGGCUAACGAUUUCAGUUUCGUUUGGUUGUGUUGUAACCCUUGGAAAACCAUCUAUGUUUCCUUCACAACUUAAGAAGUUGAAGCUGAAUGGUACUAAUCUUUCUGAGAGUGAUUUAAUGGCAAUUGGCAUGUUGCCUCAGCUAGAGGUGCUCAAGUUGAAAAAUGUCUUCCGUGAUCAAGAAGUUUGGCAAGUAGCUGAAAGGGCAUUCUGUCGAUUAAAAUUCUUGCAUAUUGAAGAUAAAAAGCUCAAGAGAUUCUUGAUUGAUGAUAAAUUAUUCAAGGUAUGGAGGGUGGUCGAUUCAUUCCCACAUCUUGAGCACUUAGUCUUAAGAUGUUGUUAUUGUUUGGAAAGAAUUCCCCAAUUCAUGAAAAAUAUCGCCACCUUGAAAUUAAUUGAGUUGGAGCAGUGUGGUCCUUCGGUUGUCACUUCUGCAAAGUAUAUUCAAGACACUAAAGGCAAUUUUUUUGGAAAUGCGAUUUUAGAGAUCAAAAUCCAAGGGACUUGAAUAUGAUGAGUCACAGUAUACAUGCACACAUAGAAGAGUGGAUUUUGGCUGGUUGGAAAA